UUUGCGGCUCAGCUGGAUCCCGGCCCUUGCAUCUUGGCGGCUUUGAGGCUUUCGGAGAGACAAGAACCUAGAUGUAGAGCCCGAGUUUGAGGGUGUGACCUGACUGGUGCGGGGAGAGCCCUUGAGGAUCUCAGACUGGAAAGUGUAAAUUCUCGCAAUCCUCACGCGCUGCGUCUGCGGCCAUAACCUACCUGGGGUGGGCCCGAUUUGUUCCUGACCCUAGCGGACGAACCCUGGGACAAGGCGGAGCCAGGAUAUGGGGGCACCCUGAGGCCCAGCUACCGGACUUGGAGGGAAACUGAGGAAAAGUGUUGCGGAGGGUGACUACGGUUCUAAGGUCAGAGGUCAGGGUAGCGAGGAGGUGUGAGGGCUCGAAGGUCAGAGGGGUGCUGGAGGAGACCAAGACGGAGACCGAAUACUCAGGAGACAGAUUUGUGAGUAAGGCGCUUGGAGGAGGGAGAAGCCAGGAGGGGAAGAGGGCGGACUUGUGCGGGGGAAGCGGGAAGACUCAGGAAAGAAGAGACAGGGCAAAGGAAUACCCUGAAUAUCCAUUCCCUGAGUUCGGGCCGUCACCGUCGUUCACUUAGCCCGGCCUCCCUCAGUUGCAAGCCCAGCUAGUGAGGACAUGGCUUCUCCCUCUAGACAGCCGCCCCUCGGGGGCUCAGGGCUGCUUCAAGGGAGCCGGGCUCGCUCUUAUGGAAGCCUGGUGCAGUCAGCCUGCUCCCCGGUGAGGGAAAGACGCCUGGAACAUCAGCUGAAGCCCGGAGACACCCUAGCUGGACUAGCACUCAAAUACGGAGUGACGAUGGAACAGAUUAAGCGUGCAAACCGCCUUUAUACUAAUGACUCCAUCUUCCUGAAGAAAACCCUCUACAUCCCCAUCCUGACAGAGCCCAGAGACCUGUUCAAUGGUUUGGAUUCUGAGGAAGAGAAAGAUGGAGAGGAAGAGGUGAGCCCAAGCAAGGGUGACUCAUGGCCACACUCGGCUGAGAGCAGUAAACAAGAGCCGGGUUCAGAGCGCACCAAAGGUGACAUCCUCCCCACACCUGGCCAGGACUCCCCCGGGCCCACCCAUGACCUCUCCGCCUCCGAUUUCCUUAAGAAGCUUGACUCACAGAUCAGCCUGUCAAAGAAGGUUGCUGCACAGAAGCUGAGCAAAGGAGAAAGUGGGGUGCCGGGGAAGGACCCACGUUUCCACCUGAGCUCCCCGAGGAUGCAGCAACGAGCAGUCCUAGGUCCUGUGCCACUGACUCGGACCUCUCGGACUCGGACACUUCGGGACCAGGAGGAUGAGAUCUUCAAACUCUGAUGUCCCCUGAAGUGACUGAGGGAAGCAGGAUUUGGAAGGAACAGCUUGAGAGAGAGAGGAGCCUGAGGUGAGGCUCAAGAACAUGGCUUCCCAGCCUGCCUCUCUCUGACCAUCUUCCCCAGCCUCCUGGCCAUCAAGAGCUGGAGGGCAUUUUGGGGGGUAAAAGUAGGAGAUGAGGACUAGAUCCCUUCCCAGUUCUUGGCUGAAUCUGGAGCUGUCCUUUGAGAUUAGGGUGGCUUUUACAUCCCUGCUGCCUUUCUUAUCUCUGACCAUUCCCUGCCCUUAGAGCAAGGAAGCAGAGACUUCCCUUCAACUUCCCAGCUCCAACUUUGUUACCUAAUUUAUUUGGUGCUAUAUUGAGUAAUAUUUAUUUGCUAUAUCUAAUUCCUUCCCACUCUCAGCCUAAAAAUGGGAUUGCCAUAGCCCACAACCGUGAGCCAUUGGCAGCUGGUUCCCCAGCUUCCCCAGCUCCUUUGCUGAGCAUGACACUGAGGACAGGGAAUCUUUUCCUCAGUCUCAAGGACAAGGAUUUGGUCCCAGUCUUGGUUUUUUGAGACAGGGUCUUACUUUGUAGUGCAGGCUGGCCUUGAGUUCACUGUAUAGCUCAUGCUGGCCUCGAACUCAGGGCACUCCUCCUGCCUCUGCCUCUCAAGAGCUGGGAUCGAUCACAGGUGUGCACCACCAUGCCUAGCUUGGGGUCAGUCUUGACUAACCUUUUCCAUGUGACUUUUUCACAACUCUUGCUCCGAGAACCAGCAGCAAAGUAGGGAUCUGACCUGUCCAUUCUGCCCGUUCACCCUUCUAACCCGUCCUCUGCUCGGGCUGCCAUGGGGCUGAGGGGUGGAAGGAGGUCGCCUGCCGUGGCGGUGGAGGAGGAGGAGGUCGCCGUGGGAGUCUCUGUUGCACACCCCCACCAGAGCCUGUCUAUGCCUUGCUCCUCACGGUGUAUUUAUUUGCGACUUGUAGCCCUGAUCUGCAGCACAGCUUGCUUUUUGUUUCUCAAACAGAAGAAGUAGGCAAGGGAAGCUUAGUCGUACUGGGAAUAUGCCUCAGCCUCCUGUUUGGAAGUGGUGAGAGGUGAGACGAGUGGCGUGUAUAUACCUCCUUUCCUGUGAUGGUACUGAGGUGUAGAAGCUGGAGAGAUUAAACAUUGAGGCCUG